AUGCGCGUGAUAUCAACAUUUUUUGUUUUGUUCGUGGCGUGUGCUCCUUUUAUUGCUGGUGCUCCAACCGGAGAAGAAAACGGUGAUCUUGUAAGAUAUGAGAACGUGCAGACGGAAAAUGGAUAUCGAUUUUCCUACGAAACGAAGGAUGGCCAAGUGCGGGAAGAAGUUGGUACAAUCGACCCCAGCACGGGUACGUUGACCGUAACCGGGUGGUACAGCUUCCGCACACCAGAUGGCGCUACUCACCGAGUAGAUUUCAUUGCGGAUGAAAAUGGCUAUCGAACAAUGCACCAGCCUGGUGUUGUGGCAGCACAACUCCAUCCUGCUCCGGUCGCUGCAGCUCCAAUUAAUAAUGCUUUGCUGCUUUCGCUGGUUGGUUAG